UGACAUCAUCGUAUCACAUUCCAAUGAAACAGCACCUGAUCAGGAGGCAGCUACUUCAUCCGAAGAAUUAACCUGGUAAAUCUUACGAGUGUGAUCUCACCAAAGCCCUGUGCAAUUGUUCCAAGAUAAGAUAAGCUUCCAGUGAUCAACCUGGUACCUUGAUGGCAAGUCAUGCUCAACUGAAGUACUUAGCGGGAGGAACCGCCAUAAAGGAGCAGAGAGCGCGCUGGGAAAGAAAAAGGAUUCGGACGGCAAAAGAGUUAAUUGAGACUGAACAGAGGUACUUCGAACAGCUGGAGUUGGUUGUAGUGUAUUUUAUAGAGAUUUUAAAGGCAAAGGGGACUCUGCGACCAGCUGCACAAGAUGCCAUAUUUUGCACCUUCAAGUCCAUCCAUUCAGUAAAUAGGACACUGUUGAGUGAUCUUGAGGAUGGGAAAUUUGGGCUGGGCUUUGACAACUUCUGCCCUCACCUGCAACUGUAUACCACCUACACAGAUAACAUGGAGCAUGCUCUCAAAGUCUUGCAGGGACAAAUUAAGAAAAAUAAACAAUUUGCACGAUUUAAAAAGCUUCAAGAAUCUCGACCAGAAUUCCAAGGGUUGAAAUUAGAAGAUUUGCUUCCACUGCCUCAUAAGCGUAUUUAUCAAUACAAGCAUCUGCUGAGAGAUUUAACUGGAAACACCAACCCAGAUGAUCCAGAGUUCCAGCAGCUCAAAAAUGCGGUGAAAGCAAUUUCCGAAGCUUCUCAACACAUUCAAGACCAGGCUCGGAGGCAUGAGAAUUACCUGCAGGUGUUAAGGGUGCAGAAACUGUUGAAAGGACAAAGGAGCAAGGUGUUGGCUCCAGGAAGGAAGUACAUUCGCGAGGGCUGGCUGACUACUGUACCAUCUAAGGGCGAGGAGUUGAAGCACAAAAUGUUCUUUCUGUUUUCGGAUAUUCUCCUGAUGACCAAACCUUGCCAUCCACUCCACCCCGUGCAUUCUGACAAGUUUAUCUGGCAGAAGGCCUACCCUUUGAUUGAGGGCACUAUAGAGAAAGUCUUCGGACACACCGAGAGUCGGGGAGGGCUGAUUAGUCUAACCUUUCCUGAGGAAAAGAUCCUCGUAAUGUCAGAUGACCAAGAAGAUAUCAACAACUGGUACCGGUGCCUGUCUGCUGCCAUUGGACAGUUGCGAUCCCGGUCCGCUGUCAUCCAGAGGAAGGACAAUCUAGCAAGAAGACCAUUACGGUCGGCUGAAAACUCAACUCAGAUAAAUACCGACUCAACUACCCCUAAAGCUGGCAGCAAGAGAUACUUGAGUGAUCAACCACUGGCAGAUCCAAGCACAAACAGUCAUACCAAGAAUGACUGGACAGAAGCAAAGCGAAUUAAGCUGAUGCCAAACCCCACUGUGAGGCACGAUGAGACUGGCCCCAGUGUGGAACAGACAGGUAUCAGUUGUAUCAUUCUGUAAAAUUUCCAUGGGUCAGGAAGGACUGGACUCCAAGCAUGGUACGUUCAAGCUCAUCUUCUUUAUGCGGAAUGAAGAAGGCUUGUAACACACCUUGAUUCAAAACGUGAACUGCUGAUUUGUACCUGGCUGCCUCAUUGUCCAAACCGACAGAAGAUGGUACACUUGAAAUGUACAAGCCCAGAAGGUUUCCUGAUGUGGCUCAGUGUCUGAUUCCUGCUGUAUAAUGCCAGUGCUUCAACAAGGUAUCUUCUGCGGGGAGAGAAGAAUCAACCUUGCAGUUGGUGUUAAUGCUGGUUUUAAUAUUAGCUACCUAUUCCAUUAUGAAUCCCAGCAGAUUUAGCUUUGAACCACAAGCAGUUCAGUCCUAUAGAUUCCCUCAUGGUUUGUUGUUUGAAUUUCAUGGACCUGGAGGUUGGGAAAAAGCUGUUCUUAGUACCACUGCUAUAUCAGUGGAUAUAUUCCAAAUGAAAACACAGAAGUUGUUUGGUGUGAGCAAUUUGAGCCAUUGCAUGUUAACAGGAAGUUGAAUGUUGAGUUGGAUUAGCACAAUUACAAGCACAGUUUGAUAUCGUUUAUGUAAAGGACAUUAUGUGAUGGUGACGCAUUGCCGUGAAGGGAGGCAGCAAGUGUUUGGCAUGAAUAGAAGGACUUUUAAAGCUGAUCAGAAAUGAGCUCUGUAUUGGAAUUUGAGUUUGAGAUUUGAGCUGAAAGAUGGUGCUGAUACUUGCAAUUUUAAGUAGGUAAGUUCCCAAACAGUAACCUGCAAUUGCUCCCACCUUUGAACUUUUGGUAAGGAGCCAUUGUUGAUAGCCAGAAAUUUGUUAACAUAGAGUACAUCAAGACUAAUUUGUCUUCAAAUUACAGAUGCUUUGUGAACAUCUAAAUACCUUGAUCUUGCACUCAUGGCACACCAAAAAGAAAUAUACCCUUGUUGAAAGCAAUUUAAAUUGUCAUUGAAUUCCCAGACAUAUACCCAUGCAAAUGAUCAGUUUAGAAUCUAAUCAAAGUGCAUGCAAUAGUGAUUUUGAUUAAGCCAGUAUGAUACUUGUGCCAUUGAAAAUGCCAAAUACAUUAUUAUUUAAUGAGCAGACCCUGAAUGCUCACAUUACAAGCCAGGACAGAUCCACCUCAAACAAGGAACAAGUUUUAAUUAAUGCUUUAAUGCUGCCUCCUCAAUUAUAGAUCACCACUGAUUAUAUUGGUGCUAAUUGCUUAAUGUUCCUUACUUGGUCAUUACCAAAAUGGCUAUUAAUUUGUGGUACGGGGUAAUGAAUAAGAGAUUUCUUCAGAUAUUUUAUAAUCAUUAGGCUGGGAAUGCUACAUCUUAGCAACAUAUGAGCUCAAUCCUUCAUUCUGAAUGCCACUCGAAAUACAGCUUGCCAAGUUGUGAGCUUCUGUGCUUUCAGGAAUUGGGGUGGGGAGAAUAUUAGAGAAAAUUUGAAAUGCUCCAUAAAUCACCCUUAUUUUACUCAGUGUCUUAUUUGUUUAAAGAAAUGUGAAAUUAAAAUGAUUUUUUGUUUGCAGGGAACAUGAAGGAAAAAAAUCUUCAGUGGUCUUGCUGAGUGGUUUUGUUAGAUAUUGGCCAAUUUUGGCUGCACUGUCAGUUAUUUCUUAAAAAAAUGUUUGAAGCUUUUGAUAAUUCCCCCCCUCCCCCCAUCUCUUCAAACAAAAAUAUAAUCUCUGUUAAAAGUAUCUGGUGACCAGACAUGUUAUUUUUAAGAAGAUCUGCAGCUCCUUUCAGGCAUAUUCGCUUAACUCGCACUUUUUAUUUUGAACAUGUCGUAGAAUCAAUGUUUAAAUAAAACUUCACGAAAAAUACUGGUUAGGGUUAGCUUUAAGUUGCACAAAUUGGUUUGCAAUGAAGAUUGCAAAACUGCUUUGAAUGAUGCCACAGUUUCUAGGACAAUUGUGAACAUGAAAUGUUACUGCCUCUAUUGCAAACUAAAUCAGAAUGAAGUUGCAUGAAAGUUUUGUGUCAAACUAUUUAUAUUAUUAUUAAAUCUUGCGCAUAAAUUUCUUUCUUUGA